AUGUUCAAGUCCGUUCUCAUCACUCUCGGCAGCGUUGCCGCCCUCACUGAGGCCUCGGCCAUUAAGCGCACGCCGACCAAGGCCGAUGCCAACUCUGUCAAGCGUGCCAGCAACACAUGCCUGAACAGAAACGCCGUUCAGACUGGCAGUUUCGUUACUGGCCAGGUCAACGAUGUCGCCGCCGACGGCCAAACCAACUCUGAGACAGAUACUUCCAACUUCAUCAACUUCUGCUCCGGCCAAACCCUGACCAACGGUCUGCAAAUCAAGUCGGGUUCUUGCAACGGUAUUGUCAUGGGCAAGAUCCCUGCCUCAACAAACAUGGUCUCCACAGUCAUCCUAAACCCUAAGCUCAACGACAACCUCGCUGCGCUCACGGAUUUCAAUGUUACCCUGACGGUCGCCAACCUCAACCUGGGCACAUUCACCAACGCCACUAGCACCUACUACGCGGCUCCCCAGGACCUGGAGAACAACGGCAACAUCAUCGGCCACACCCACGUGACCAUCCAGGACGUUGGCAACUCGUUCCAGUUCACCACGCCCCUCGAUGCCAGCCAGUUUGUCUUCUUCAAGGGUAUCAACGAUGCUGGCAACGGCCAGGGUACCGUCACUACGGCUGUCACCGGUGGCCUGCCGGCCGGCAACUACCGUGUCUGCACCAUGUCUUCGUCCGCCAACCACCAACCCGUGCUGAUGCCCGUUGCCCAGCGCGGUUUCCAGGAUGACUGCCGUUACUUCACUGUCGGUGGCAACGGCGGCAAUGGCUCCGGUAACAACAACGGCGGCGGUAACAACAACGGUGGUGGCAACAACGGCUCCGGCAACAACAACGGCUCCGGUAACAACAACGGCUCCGGUAACAACAACGGCUCCGGUAACAACAACGGCUCUGGAAAAAACAACGGCUCCGGUAACAACAACAACUCUGGCAGCACUACCACCAACAACGCCGGUACGGGCAACAACAACGGUUCCGGUAACAGCAACGGCUCCGGCAACAACAACGGCGGCGGCAACAAAAACGGCUCCGGCAACAAUAGCAACACGGCCAGCUCGACCACUGCCAGCAGCAGUGCAGCGGCCACCUCCAAGUCAGCUACCAACAAUGGCUCGUCGUCCUCUUCGUCGGGUGCCAUCGCUGGUAUUGCGGCCCCUGCCGUCACCGAUUCGGGUAACCCGGACCGGCCUUUCGAGGUCAACGGCGACACCUUUGUCAACAAGAGCGCCGCCGUCCAGCGCGCCUGCUCCAUCCAAAACAACUUGUGCGCUAACGCCGUCAACUCGGGCAAAGCCUCCGGCUUCACUGUCGGCGACUGUAACACCCAAGAAGGAACGUGCAACGCGCAGUAA